AUGUUCACAAAGUUUUUAGCGAGAGUCAAGGCUGUCGCUCCCCGUGGAAGCGACUGGGCCAACCGACUCGGCCCUGUUGCCGUGUUCGGUUACGAAGCAGGUGCGCCGCGUAGCUCAUCCGUUUUAGAUUAUUUCUAUCGGUCUCCACGUGACUGCGACUACUAUGCGGAGCUUUCCUUUCACGAAAAAGGGCCUAUUGAGUGUCCACCAGAAACGGUCAUGUUUAUGCCUGUUUUAAAAUGUGGCCAUAUGCUGGAGGAGGCAGUUGGAGCCCCAAGCCCUACCAGCGAUGAUUGGUACCCGGCCACCCUCGAGGCCACAACUGAGCUAAUAGAGAAAGGCUACAUUCCAGCCAGCGUGGGGGGUGAUGGCUCAGCCACUCUGCCUAUGGUUGAGGCCUACAAGCGGUUGUUUCCAUCUGACGAUGUCGUUGUUAUUCACUUUUCUGCUCGUCCUCUCGUUAGCGACCCCCGAGCUCCUCUCAGAGUUCUCUUGGAUAAAGGGCUUCUGAAAGGCAUCGUCAGUGUGGGAAAUCGAUUGGUGACUUCUGACGACCGAAAGAUAAGAAAGCAUCACAAAAUGUUUUACAUGGAUAUGCAUGCUAUUUAUUCUAAGGGCUUGUUUUGCAUCCGAGACAUUCGAAAUGAUUACCCUGUUUUUAUAAGCAUUGAUGCAAGUGUGAUGGAUCCAGCAUUUGCACCGGCGGUGGAAUCUCCGGUAGCGGGUGGGCUGUCAACACGAGAACUUCUGCAUGUCAUGAACGGCAUUCGAGGACCCAAAGUAGUAGGCUUGGACAUUCAUGGCUAUGUACCAGACCUUGAUGUGUAUCGGAAAGAUGGGGUUGGACUUACGCAAAUCGCAUUGACAAAAGUGUUGAAGGAGGCCAUCCUUAAAUCGUAUAGUAUUUCAACACAAACAGAGGAAGAAGGUAUAGCUCGAGUUCAAAUGCUGCAACGUCAGGGAGCCAUAUCAGAAAACCCAUAUCCUGAUCAUUGA